AUGAGUAAUGAAGAAAAGGGUAUCCCCGACCCCAAUGAGAAAGAGAAUAAUAAAAGCAUAAAUAGUAAAGAAAAUUUUGCAGAAAAAUCUAAAAGUAGUGAUGGAAACGUAGGGGUGAAAUUAAACUCCAAGGGAGAAGAAUCUAAAGGUGAAAUAUGUUGCAAGGAGAGGAUUAAUGAUGAAACACGUGAAUUAAAUGGUCAAGGGAAAAUAAGUCAAGAAAAACAAGAUAGGAAAGAAAAACAAGAUAAGAAAGAAAAACAAGAUAAGAAAGAAAAACAAGAUAAGAAAGAAAAACAAGAUAAGAAAGAAAAACAAGAUAAGAAAGAAAAACAAGAUAAGAAAGAAAAACAAGAUAAGAAAGAAAAAUCAAAAAAACGGAAAAAAAAAAAUUCUGAACAGUCCAGGGAAAAUUCAAUGAGUUUGAUAUUUACUAGCGAUGUUGACAAACAAGAUGACAAAAAACGGAAGCUCAUAAAAACGAAUGAAAAACGUGAAAAAAAAGGGAGUACUAAUAAAAGUACUACCUAUAAACUGAAGAAGAACAAGUAUAAUUAUGAACUGAGUAGAGAAAAUUCAUACGAUAGUCAUAACAGCAAAGGUUCUCGUGAACACGGGCAAUUGGGAGGAAAAGGAAAUCGAAAGAGAAAUGAUGCCAAUAGACGUAAGCAUAACAGAACCACAAGCAUAAGUAGGAGUGAAUCCCCAAGUGGAUAUUCACAGUAUAGUAGUAGCAGAAUCCGUGAUGAAUAUCGAAAGCGCAAAGAACAUAAAAUAAAAGAUACAAAGAAAAAGGAGAAACAUAAGGAGGAACUAAAAAGAAAGAAUGGUGUAAAUGAAGGGGGCGCGUAUAGCAAGCUUAGCAGUUUCAGCAUAUCCAGUAGUGACAGUGAAGAUGAUAUGAACUUAUCUAGCCUAAGUGAUAUAAGUUACGGGUUUCACAAGGACAAGCAAGAGAAGAGCAAUAAGAAAAGAGAAAUUGGCACCUUUAACUCGAAGAAACGGGAUCAAAAACGGGAUCACAAAUGGGAUCAAAAACGGGAUCACAAAUGGGAUCAAAAACGUGAUCAUAAAUGGGAUCAAAAACGGGAUCACAGAUACGAUCAUGGUGAUAGUGAUAGUGGUAGUGGUAGUAAUAGCUAUAGCGAUAGCAACCAUGGUAUUGGUAGCGGAGGAAAAAGAAAAAGAGAAGAUGGAAAGAGAAACUGCGGAAAAUUUUCAGGAAAGAGAAAAAAAGGGAAGACGAAAAGUCGAAGUAAGGACUCCCACCCAAUCAGCCCAAGUUCAGAUGACGAAAUGGAGAAGAAAAAAAAAAAAAAAAAUAAAAACAACGACAAAGGUGGAAAAAAGGGUAAAAGAGAAAAAAGUGUAAGUAGAGAUGAAGAGGUUUACAAAAACAAAAGUAUCGGAGCAGGAGGAGGAAAAUUAGAGCGCAUGAAACAUCAUCUUGAGUCAAGCAAGAAUGAUCGAAAUGAACCCUUACGAAAGAAACACAAAAUGAGGAAAGCUCAUACAGAUAAAUCUGAAUCAGAUGUAAGUAGCUAUUAUGAGGAGAGUAGUAAUAGUCCUAUUGUUAAGAAAAUCAAAAUUGUGGAAGAGAAAAAGCUGUCACAGAAAAGUUUUAGAGCCUAUCAAAAUAUGGCAGAUGUAGAAUCCAUGCACUCAGACAAGAAAAUGCAACAAAAUGGAAAAAGCAAAUUAACAAAAAAAAUUGGAAGUUUAAGUAAAUACAACGUAAGCAUCGAUGGAAAUUGGUACAAAUCGAAUGCAGAUUAUUCCUCAGCUGAUGAUGGGAGGAUAUCCCAAUGUAGUAAUAUCCAAAUGGGUAGGAAAAGAAAGACCUCAUUUAGAACAUCACUGUCAGAAAAAUUAGCCUUGUCGAUUAGUAGUGGAAAAGAGGAGGAAGAAGAAGCAGAAGACGAGGAAGAAGGAGAAGAUGAACAUUUUCGAAAAAAUGGAAGAAGGAUGCAUGAAGAAGAAUCCCUUAUGAUGACAAGCAGGCAAGCCAGAAAUGAAAUUAGAAAUAAAAAAAGGAGGGAUGGUACAUACCAUAACUAUGAUGAGAACAAGGAUGCAACAUUUUUGCAGCAUCGUUUGAAGGGAGGAGAUAACAACUUCGUAGAAGGAAAAAAAUAUUUGAAUAAAGGAAGAGAACAAGUGGAUGAUCUUAGAUACAGAGAAUGGGAAAUGUUAGAAAGUGGAAAAGGACAAGAUUAUCACUUUAAAAAAAAUAGAAACGAUUAUUUUGACAAAGAUGAACGAAACAAACGAUUUACAUAUAAUAUGAUAAACCAAUAUCGACAUUGGAAUUAUGAACAGAACGAAUAUAAUCAAGAUGGAGUAUCUCUGUUUAAAAAUGAAAAACAAGAUUAUCAACAUUAUCAUUUUCGUUACAUUCGAAACAGUAAUAAUAGACAUAAUAUGAACGGAAUGGAAAAUGAAAAUGGAAUUAUUGAUCGUGAAAAAACUUGUCCAUUUCUUCUUCGAUUAUUUUACAAACUUGACAAUGAUUAUGACGAUGUAGACGAAAUAAAAUUUACAAAAAAUAAUCAAAACAGUAAUGAACUCCAAAUAUAUGCAUGGCUUGAUAUAACCAUGAGGGAAAUUGUAACCCUAGUUAAAGACUUUUAUCAGGAGAGCCGAAAGAGGAAUGCUCAUUGGAUUUUCAAAGCAUAUUCCAAUGAAAAAAAAAAAAUAGCCUUCUUAUCAAAGGUGCAUAGCACGAAAUACAAUUACAGGGAAGAUAACAAGACCCUCUUGUCAUUGAAUUAUGAGAUAGGUGAUAUUUUGUUAUUGUCUAUUAUGUUUGAGACAUAG